AUGAGGAUCGGAUAUGCGGCGAAUAAGAAGUCAGAAACGACAGAUAUGACUUCAAAACAACGUCAAAACCACAUUGCUCACUACCAAGACCGCCAACGCAAGCUGCAGCGGCCUAAUCAAAUACUUCGUAAACGGAAUCCUCAGCAAGAAAAGGCAGAUGGACACUUUCGUCCACAUCAACGUCGCAAACGUCUGGAUCCACUCGCCGAAUGUGUAUUUUUGGAACUCGAGCAGUUGGUGGGGGGACAGGUACUGGUAGUGCCGCCCGAAGCCGUAGUGCACUUCUACGAGGACGAAGGCGGGACCGAUUAUCAAGCCGAUCUAGACAUGAAUCCGGGUUUUAGUACAGACGGGGUGUUGGUGGGUGGGUCGAAAAAUGGGGAAGCGGCAAGUAAGGGCGCCGAGGAAGAAGUUGAAGGGGAAGGGGGAGGAGAAUGGAGAAGGGGGAGAGGGGGGCUCACGGUCGCAAACAUCAUAGUGUAG